AUUGUGAUUAAGUAAAGACCUGUGCAUGUCUUGUUGGUGUCCCGUUUUCAGUUCUGGCUGAGUGGGAGGGUCACACUGAGUGAGACUAAUAAGGACAGAGAUGCAUCCCCUUUCCCACUCAUAGGAGACUCACUCAACUCCUCAGCAGUACAGCAGCCUUGUACGGACCUCUACUGUGCUUCUGAGGGACUUAAACACUGAAGGUCUGUGGUUAUUCGUUCACCUGAACUCAGAGGCCAUGAAGGACACUGCCUGUUGGAUACUUUGGCUUUGGAUGGCUUUCUUCCUACUUCCUGCCGCCACUCCUAUGACAGUCACAGCCAAGUCAGAACAUUCAUGCCCUGAACUGACAACAGAUGGACAAGAGUUUAUACAAAUCAGCAGAGAGAACCUUCCUAUUUCAGGUUUUGAUUUGGGUGAUAGCUUUUCUCUGCGACAAGUGUCCUGUGGAGGUGAAAAAACGUGUUUUAAACUGGGAAAUGCACUUCUUAUUAGAGAUACUCAGAAAAUAUUUCCCAAUGGACUUCCAGAAGAAUACUCCAUGGCAGCCAUAUUUCGUGUGCGUCGCAGCACGAAAAAGGAACGAUGGUUUCUGUGGCAGUUGUUAGAUCAUCGCAAUGUACCACAAGUAUCUAUAAUAAUCGAUGGUACAAAAAAGGUGGUGGAAGUGAUGGCCUUUGCUGCUCAGGGGGAAAUGUUGCACUAUGUUUUUAAAAGUCGAGAAAUUUUUCCUCUAUUUGAUCGGCAGUGGCACAAGCUUGGCCUCAGCAUACAGUCCAGGAUCAUUUCUCUCUAUGUGGAUUGUAAUUUAGUUGAGAGAAGACAGACAGUCGAAAAGGAUUCUGUUGACUUUCAUGGCAGAACAGUCAUUGCUGCUCGGGCUUCAGAUGGCAAACCUGUAGAUGUUGAACUUCACCGCCUUCAGGUUUACUGUAACCCAAACUUUGUAGCUCAAGAGAUGUGCUGUGAAAUAUCAGAUGCUAAGUGCCCACAGCAGGACAGCUUUGGAACUACGGUUUCAUUGAUGGCAACUGCUCAUGCCAGUAAAAUUUCUGCACAUCUGCUAGCAAAGCCGGAACUUGCUGAACGAUGCCAGUGCAUUCCUAACAAGGGAGAAGCAGGAUUGCCUGGAGCUGCUGGUUUGCCUGGUCCUAGGGGGGAAAAGGGGGAGCAGACCUUCUCUUCUGACAGUCCUUCUGGUUCAGUUGGUAUCAAAGGAGACUAUGGGGCCCCUGGAAUUCCUGGGGAAAAGGGUCAAGAUGGUUUACUUGGUGCCCCCGGACCACCUGGCCAAAAGGGAGAACAUGGCUUUGAAGGAAGAAAAGGAGAAGUUGGUGAGAAGGGUGAACAGGGACAAAAGGGAGAUCCAGGACUGGGUGGAACUCAUGGAAAAGAUGGUUUGAAAGGUGACUUGGGUCCUCCAGGUCCACGUGGCCAGAAAGGAGAAAAGGGAGAUAUGGGACCUCCAGGACCACCAGCCUUAAUCGGUUCCUUAGGGCUAGAAGGUCCCCAAGGUCCACCUGGGAAAGAGGGUCAAAGGGGAAGGCGUGGCAAAACUGGACCCCCUGGAAAACCAGGACCACCAGGACCUCCUGGAAACCUGGGUGAGAAUGGAGCAAGUGUUCCUAAAGGAGAAAAGGGUGAAACUGGACAGCCUGGAUUUCCAGGAUCAGUUGGUCCUAAAGGACAAAAGGGAGAAAUGGGUGAGCAAGGAAACAUUGGCUUUCAAGGAAUAAAAGGUGACAAGGGAGAAUUUGGGAUAAAAGGUUCACCAGGAAUGAAGGGUGAACCUGGAGAUCCUGGUCUGCCUGGACUUUUAGGAAAUCCAGGAAUUAAGGGUCAGCAAGGGCCAGCAGGCUCUAUGGGACCCAGAGGACCUCCAGGAAAUAUUGGAUUACCAGGAGAACAUGGUAUUCCAGGAAAACAAGGCAUUAAAGGAGAAAAGGGAGAUCCUGGUGGCAUUAUAGGGCCUCCUGGACAUCCAGGUCCAAAAGGUGAGGCAGGUCCUCCAGGGAUAAGCCUGCCUGGUGAACCAGGUUUGGAUGGAAUUCCUGGGACACCUGGUCCACGAGGGCCAAAGGGUGAAAGAGGACUGCCAGGUGUUCAUGGACUCCCUGGUGACACUGGACCUCCUGGAGUGGGAAUUCCUGGCCAACCAGGAUCCAGAGGACCCUCUGGAGAGCCAGGUAUUCAGGGUCCUAGAGGACUCCCCGGGUUACCAGGAACUCCAGGCACUGAUGGAGCUCCAGGGAGAGAUGGGAAGCCAGGGAUGCCAGGUCCCCCAGGUGACCCGAUUGCACUUCCUCUUUUGGGAGACAUUGGUGCUAUGCUGAAGAACGUUUGUGGCAGCUGUCAUCCGAGUGUCCCAGGGCUAAAAGUUGCCAAAGGAGAGGAAGGAGGAGCUGGGGAACCUGGAGGACAUUAUUAUGCAGCAGGAAAGGGUGAUACUGGAUCAAGAGGUCCCCCAGGAAUCCCUGGUAGAGAAGGACCAAAGGGAAGCAAAGGUGAGCGUGGAUAUCCUGGAUUAUCUGGUGAGAAGGGUGAUGAGGGUCUUCAAGGAAUUCCAGGCACCCCAGGAGCCCCUGGACCAAUUGGACCUACCGGUCCAUUGGGAAGAACUGGGCAUCCUGGUCCUGCUGGAGCAAAAGGUGAAAAGGGUAAUGAAGGAUCUCCUGGAAAACCUGGGCCACCUGGACCUCCUGGUAUGCCACUCAGUGAAGGGAAUGGAAUGAGCAGUUUAUAUAAACUCCAGGGAAGUGGAAGUGUUGCUACUUACCCAGGCCCCCCUGGUCCUUCAGGUCCAAAAGGAGAUCCUGGUGCAGUGGGAGAGCCUGGACCCAUGGGGCUCCCAGGACUAGAAGGAUUUCCAGGCAUAAAGGGAGAUCGAGGCCCAGCUGGCUCACCAGGAAUAGCGGGGAUACCGGGAAAGUCAGGAGCCCCCGGACCUCCAGGACUGCCAGGAGAACCAGGUGAAAGAGGGCCUGUUGGAGACAUUGGCUUCCCUGGGCCUGAAGGACCUGAAGGAAAACCAGGAAUAAAUGGAAAAGAUGGAUCACCAGGUCCUCAGGGCCCAAUGGGCAGGCCUGGAGAUAGAGGACCCAAAGGAGAACGGGGUGAUCAAGGAAUACCAGGAGACAGAGGUCCCCAGGGUGAAAGGGGAAAACCAGGCCUUCCAGGAGUGAAAGGGAUCAUAGGUCCCAUGGGACCCCCAGGAAACAAAGGCUCUCCAGGAACCCCUGGCUACCAAGGGCCCCCAGGUUCUCCAGGGACCCCUGGAAUUCCAGCUGAUACAGUUUCAUUUGAAGAAAUAAAAAAUUACAUAAAUCAAGAAGUCCUGAGGAUUUUUGAAGAGCGGAUGGCUGUAUUCCUCUCCCAGAUGAAGCUACCAGCUGCAAUGCUUUCUGCCCAAGGUCAUGGAAAACCAGGGCCACCAGGCAAAGAUGGAUUACCAGGGCCACCAGGAGAUCCUGGCCCCCGAGGUUACAGAGGACAGAAGGGAGAAAGAGGUGAACCUGGAAUUGGGCUCCCAGGAAAUCCUGGUCUUCCUGGGCCUUCAGCCACUUGUAUGCCAGGCACACCCGGUGCUCCAGGACCUCAGGGUCCCCCUGGACCUAGUGGAAGGUGUAGCCCAGAUGAUUGCUCCCAUCCUGUGUCUCAUGCCCAACCACCAGGUCGUGAAAAUGGAAAAUGAACAGCUUCCUGCGAACAGCCUGUUGCCUAGUGAUAGCAUCUACCAAUUGACAAAUCUAUGGAACUUGGUUUGUUUUAAUCAAAUACACACAGUCCUGGAGAGGCUCCUUUAGAGAAUCUAAGCCAAAACCGUUGACUCCAGCUCCUGAUGUAGACACUUCUUUAUUUUUCCCAAGUCCAUUCCAGAUGUUUUGUUUUAAUUUAUUGUGGUUGUUAUUGAGAAUUUAUGAGACAAACAGACCCAACAUUAUCAUGAACUUCCCUUCUUCAAAAAGAAGCUACUGUUUUAGUAAUUCACUUAGAAUGAAGAUUGUACAUAUUUUACUGUCUCAUCAACAUGAGUUUCGUUGAGCCUCUUGCUUCUGAAGCAAAGAAGAGACAGAAUUACAAGUUGUCUUAAAGUUUAAAUUGAAUAUCCUCAUUUAACUUUUCUGUCCACUCUCUCACUCGAAAUUACUUCCUAUUGAAUGUUUCUAUCUACUUUUGAUGGCAUAAGGGUGUGAUGCUACUCCCAAUUUAAACAGACAAAUCUUUUGAUUGUUUCCUAUAUAACACAGAGAGAAAUUGUGUUGCUCUCCAGCUUCUCAUGAGACUCUGCUGAUUUCGAGGAACUUAAAAAUUGACCUUUACAAUUAAAGCAGAAAAAAAAUUGGGAGGAUGGAGAGGUUCAUCCUGAUGAUUAGCUCAGUUCAGUGCUGAGCAACAGUAGGUACUGUGACAUGUGGAAAGAAAGAAAUUCAACAGCAAUAGCCACACAUUCUUUCAGAAACUGUGCACUCUUCAGUUGGCUAUACUAUGACCAAUCUAGUCUAUAGUGUCCUAAAUUGUGACACAAAAAAAGCGGCUUCCCCUAAGAAGAAAUAUUUGAUAAUGAAGGAAUGAAUUAGGGAUUCUUUAUUACUUCUGAAGCUGCAAUGGGUACCUGGUACCACUUGCUUCUAUGACUUAAUGACGCAGUGAGGACAUGUCAAAAAAGAGCAUCUAAGCAAAGAGCAAUUGAGUUUAUUGCUGCCCCAAAAAAGCCUGUAUAUCACAAAACUGACUGUUUUUUGUGGGGGCAGUAGAAAAAUGAACAGGAAUGCAAGUAUGCAACAUCAAAAUGAAAGUCAAACAGUCUUUGGGUAGAUACUGAAUUUCCUCUCCAAAAUAGAGCAAAAGAUAUAAAUCGUAUGAGGGAAGACAAGCAUACAUCUCUGCUCCUGCUCCUGCAACCUGUCCUCAGAGUUUAAGAAGAUGGGCAUCCUUCAAAGUAUUUGUGUUGGCUCCUGGAAAAGGAAAUCCAAGAAAGAAGAGGUAUUAAUAAUAUGUUUUCUAAAGCCAAAUGAAAAUGGAAUUACAAUUACCAGUGAAUUCCUAGUCAAGAUGGGUUAUUACAUAGUUAUUUAUUAUCUUAGCAGGAAGUUAUCAUUGGUUGUAAGAAGCAGGUUUUUCUUAAAUAUGUGAUGGCUACAUGCCAAAAUGAGCUUUUGUCUAAUAUUCAAAAAUAAGGAUAAGAUGGCAACUCCACCAUCAAAGUCCUACAAAGAGUACAAUCAAACUCUGAAACUGAAACAGGUCCUGAAUAUACUCAUAUCUGAGAAGCAUACUCAGAAUUGGAAGUGGAAAGGAACUGAAGAAUUAGCAGAACUAAAACUAUGACUUUUCCAAAGCUUAGCUGUACCCAUGACUUUAAACAAUUUUCAUUUUAGUUCAAUAAACUGCUGGUCAGGUACUGUACACAUGGCUAGGAAUUCCUAGAACAUGUUUCUUUGUUAUUGUUUGUUUUAUUUUAAUUGGUUUGCAUUUAUUUAUGUUAUAACUUUCAAGCGAUUCCAAAUUUUCUCUUAAUUUUUAUGGUUUUUUCUUUAUAAAUUUCUAUCCAACACCAUUUUAUUUCUUAUGAUGUUACCUACAAUGGUGCUGUGCUUUAAACAAACUAUACUAUUGGAAUCUUCAGAAGUGUGUUUUAGCAGGAUGCUAAUUUAUUCAAAAGAAUUGUACAAAGAGUUAUGACUUGGUGCUAAAUGUAUAUUUUGAGUUUGGGACUUACUGAAAUACAAUCCUCAAAGCUUUUACCUUCCCUAUAACAAUUUUAUGGUGUUCAUUUACUUGAAUUUGUCAAGAGGUUGAACAUUUUUGUAUUUUAAAGUAUUAUUUUACAUAUUAAUUUCUCAUUACCUGUUUGUCCUUUUCCUCCUUCACUAGAUUCAGAAAUAUUUAUUAUAUAUUUUAAAUGUUUUGAUAGAUGGAAAUAUCUCCUGAUUGUAAGCAAUGUCAUUUGUUUUGUUUGUUUUUUUAAUUUACACUUUCAUAAAGUUUAUCAACCCAGUUUAUUUUUUCAAUGGUGAAAUACAUUAAUUUUAGUUCUCUAGAGAAUCUAUAUUAUUAUGAGUGAUUCUAUUCCCAUAUUUACAUAUAUUUGCAGGAAUAUGGUUUCUUUUUCUUCCUUGGUAAUUUUUGAUUUAUUCCUGUUUUGAAAUUUUACAUUAAUGACUUUUUAGGAUUUUUUUACAAAGAAAAAAAUAUUUUACUUUUAUUAUUGCAUUAUUUGAUGUACAAGGUAAAGCAGAAUUGUCCCUGGGAUGCAAUUUUUUUUCUAUUUGUACCUGGGAAUUUGUAACCAAUUUUCACCUCAGUAUAAAUAAGGAUAUGAGACUGAGGUAAGAAUUUCCUUCCCUCCUGUUUUAUUUGCAUUUGAACAUUUUUGCUGUUCCUUCUCAUUUAAGUAAAAUUGCAACAAAACAGCAAAGACGUUUGGCUCCAAAUAACACAGGACUAAAUGAAGUGCUGAUUUGGCCAUUAUCCUACUUUCCAACAAGGGAAUAAGAUGAUUCUGACUACAAAAUGAACUUUUUUUAAGUUCCUGGUUUUAUUGUGUUCUGGAUAAUUGCCAACUUCCUCUUCAUUUUAUAAGAUGAUUUAUUUCAUUCCAAAACAUUUAUUUGCUUUCAUAGAGAUGUCACUAAUGUCUGGUCUCCACAGCAGGAAUAAUUAGUAAAUUCAUGAAGUAUCCUCUAUUUAUACUUCAGACAUACAGCAUAAUUGUUUGCCUAACAAGGUCUGCCUGGAUGACAAGACCAUCAGUAAAUGACAACUGUGUAUGCUUUUCCCAAAUGUGUUUGAAUUCUUUAGUCUUUUGUUGAAACCCUUACCUUCCAUUUUAAAAGCAAUACAAUAUAUUGGUUCCAAGAUAGAGGAGUGGCAAGGGCUAGGUAAUGGGGCUUAAGUGACUUGCCCAAAGUCACACAGCUAAGAAGUGUCCCAGCUCAGUUUUGAACCCCAGAUGUCCCAUCUCUGGGCCCUGGUUCUCAAUCCACUGAGCCACCCAGCUGCCCCUAAUUCUUCAGUCUCAUUUCAAUUUAAGAGUUGAGCUCAAAUAGUCUUUGCAUUUGGGAAGUUUCUGACAUAGCAUAAUAAGGUAUGAUAAACCAGAACAGCCUUUUGAAGCUCGGGUAUAAAUAAAGGGAUAAUUCAAGUAUGUGUUAAAUUGUCUUCCCUUUGAGGGACAUCUGUUCUGUAGCUUUAACAUAGACCCACACAAAGCCUUAAUGGUAAAUGUGAAAAAAGGGAAGGAAAAACCCCCCAAACAUCCUAACUAAAAAUAGUCAGCGUCCCGUAUUUCAUGACAGUGCUUAUUUAUUUAAGAUACUCCCUAAAGAUACAGUAGGUACAAAAUUGUCAUUUGAAGCAACUAUAUAUGGAUAUGCUUUCGAAGCCUCAAUUAGGCUCCGAUUUAUUUUCUGCUCAGGUUUUCUCAUCUCUUGAAAGCCUGUGAUAUACCUCCUUUUGUCCACAAGAUGGUGUGCAGAGCUAAUGUGUUUAGAAGAAUCGAACAGGCUCCCAGAAACUCAAAGCCUGACAAGUUUGCUGGCAAUGCCCCAAAUCAAAGCUUUCUUUGCACUUUCUAAUUCUUUGGGCUUCUCUUUCUUAAUGAUCCCUGACCUCUAAAAAAGGAGACAAUCUGAACAGGAAAAACUGAACUAAGCCACUUUCUUUUACAAAUUUUGGAAGCUUCUCUUGUCACUCGACACUGGAUCUGCCAUAAAAUUACUGGUUAAGUUUUUCUCCUUCAGGAAAAGUGUUCUUGACCAUUUUGGUCAAGAACUUCAAUUUAGUUUAUUUGCGUUCAGUUCUCACAGUCUAAAAACUUAGAUCAAGACUCUUUUUAAUCAUGUUACCUUUAGAGUGUCCAAGACAUCUCUUGGUGACAGGCAAGUGAAAAGAAGCUUAUCUUUGAAAGGGUUCUUUGUAUCAAAACAAGUCCAACGUUCAGAAAAUCAGGUCAUUGCUUAAAUCUCUAUAGUUUUUCACAAUGUUUGAACUUUUACAUUUAGAGUUUUGUAGUUCUAUUUUUCUAGAAAUGGACAGCAACUAUUUGCAGUUAUUUACCUCAAUUUGCCCCUUAGUUAUCCUCCUGCAUGAGUGAAAAUUAGCCAUUGAGAACUUGGAGGUCAGGCUUCCAUACUGUGAUCACUCCCAGACAAGACACAGUACAUUUCACAAUUGUGUUCAUCUCCCCUGUUUCAUGAAUUGUUUCUCACAUGUGGCUGAGCCCACCUUCAGAGGAGAAAUAUCUUUUUUUUCCCUUAGUGCCCCUUUUUCCCUUUGACUUCAGAUAGGGAUUUUAUUGUUCUUUACCUCUCCACCAUGUUUCUCUGACUUCUAAGUAGGAGAAGGAGAAGGUAGUAAUAGGGAGAAUGGAACUAGCAGCUUUUUUCACAAGCAUCUGUAAUUCUCAGCUUCUUGAACCUUUUCACUUCCUACGCUGGCUGUUGAGUGUGACAUUGUACAAAUGUUCUUCAUUUCUCAGGAGGGUCUUGGGAAACAAGAUAGAUGGAGCAUUUCUUUUGAUAUUGUGGCAUAAAUGAUAUACCAUGUUCCAAACAUGUAAUGUAAACUGUGCUAUUCAACAACCCUUCUGCCAAAAGCAACUUGUUCAGCUUAGUUAAUUGUCAAAACAGCUGGUUCAUUAGAGAAAAACUCAAUCCAACAAGUUAAACAGUGUUUGCAAUGGUUGGAAGAAGGACAGGAAGACUGGCAGACGGGAAGUUGGACCGAAUUUGUGAUGUUGGUAUACAGUCACCAACAUGAAGUCAUUUCACCUCUAAAAUAAGGCGUAGGGACCAAAUCUAUGACAUAACCUAAGAUUUCGGGGGCCUAAACAGGAAACCUUUUCAGGCUGACUUCUCGUUGUGUUCUAUGGUACAGUUAAUAAGAGUCCCCCAACUAUCUUAAAUAACUUGCACAACAUGAAUUAAAUGAGAUUUUUUUAAUGUCACAAAUGAAUAUAAACAAAGCUUAAGUUCUUCAGGGGUAGCGUUGGGGACUUGAACAUCAUGAUACAUAUGUAUUACAUACAAAUGUAAAGGAAACCAGUUAUUUUAUUGUCUUAUUGGAUUUUUAAAUGCAUUUUAGGGUUGAACAUUUUUUCAAUGAUUGUAAUUGUAUUUCAAUUCAGAUUACAUACUGUAGUAUGCUACAGUAUUUUAUCACUGUAUUUAUUUUUAAAUAAUAUUUAAACAUUACAUUCUCUGCAUUGUUUUUUUUUUCAUGUUCAAAAUGAGUAAGGUUCAAUCAUGUAAAAUAGAAAGGGAUUAGAUGAUUUAUGAAGAAUUCCUGAUGGACAUAAUACUUUGAGGACCUAAUUCUUAUAUCCUUUAAUACAGAAGUUAUUCCUGAAAUCAGUGGCCAUAUUGCCUGCCUUUGCAAUAAAAGACUUGAUCCUACAUAUAAGGAUAGUGACUGCAUCUAUGAUUUCAUUUUAUAGAGGACUCCCACAUGGAGAAACUCUCUCUACCAGCAUACAUAACUUAACAUGAAUGAAACAUUUUAUGAUCUUGAAGCUCUAUAGAAAUGCUAGUGGUUGUUGUUAUCACUUAUAGUCUUAGAGAGCUCACUAGAGCACCGAGAUGGUAAGGAAUUUACCUGGAGACACGAUAUGUCAUUAUAUGUCAGAGACCAAAUGUGAAUUUGGGUCUACCUUUCUCUAAGGCCAACUCUCUGUCCACUACACCUCACUGCCUCUGCCUUGAAGUGAAAAUUAACUCUAAGAGGAAGCCACAAAGAAGCAUUUAUUAACAAUGACCCUAUUUCCUGCCUAUUGUCACUGAGUGAAGUAGAGUUUCUCUCCAUUCCAACUAGAAUUCUCUAUCAGUGACUCUUGGAAUAUGUUCCUAGAUCUACUGCAGGUCCAUUAGGAAGUCCAUGAUAUGGUCUCUUGCAGAAUGAAUGUUUCAAACUCAAUGAUGGCUAAAGUUUUGCUUUGGUUAUGAAUUAAAUUUCCCUCACAAACAUUAAUAGAAGAUAUCAUCUCAUUAGUCAAAGCACCAAAAGUAGCUCCAAGACUUCCAUCAAGUCUAGUGAAGUGUGUGUUUCGUAAUGACCAUUAGGCAUGGGAGGGUAAGGAAUCCAUGAAAUAGUCUUUUGACCAGAAAGCUAUUUGAAAACACCUCCUAUAGAGAGAUUUGAACAAAGUAAGAAAUAUACCAAAUUAACUCUUUUUGAAAAACCCUUUCCUUCUGUCUUAGAAUAGAUACUGAGUCUUGCUUCCAAAGCAGAAGAGCUGUAAGGCCUGGGCAGUUGGGGUUAUGACUUGCCCAAGGCCACACAUGUAGAAAGUGUCUGAGGUCAUAUUUGAACCCAGGACCUCCUGCCUCCAGACCUGGCUCUUUAGAUCCUGAACCACCUAACUGCCCCCCAAAUUAGCUCUUGGCACACACAAAUAUUCAAUAUGGAAUCCUACACAUCUUAGGGCAUGUUUCAAUGUACUCUAGUUCCAUCAUGUUUUUCUUUUGUAUUUAAAUAUAUAUUAUUCAAGACAGAUAAACAACUAAAAACCAAAGUGUCAACAGAGCAAAAAGGCAUAAGUACUGGUCUGGGAGGCAGGAAAUUUGAUGGGCUAUAGUCCUAGCUUUAAACUAACUAUCUUUGUGACUUUGGACAAGUCAUUUAACCUUGGCCACAGUUUCCUUCUCAAAAAGAUUGAUUGGUUUCUGAUGUGUCCCAGCUCUGUAAUUUGUGUGUGAGAGCAGAGGAGAGAAAAAAAGAUCUUUUCAACUUUCCAGAACAAAAUAAGUUUAAAUAACUUCACAGAAGGAACUAAAACAUGUGACACCAUCAUUCUUUAUUACCAUAUGUUUACUGAGAGGCAAGAAUUAGGAUUAAGUACUAAAUAUAAAGGUCUCAUUUGAAGAAAAGCCCAACAUAGGAAAUCAGUUAUGCUAAUAGCAAAAGCAAUUCCAGACAUUAUUCUCUUGGAUACCAGGUAUGACAAAUCUGUGUGAUUUUUGUUUGGUCAGCAAUUUCAGGUCCAUUUAAGCACAUGAAGUUAUUCCUGGAUACAAUUAUCCAAUCUUAAUUUUGUCUUUAUCAAGUAUUGAUUUCUUUGGGACCUAACCAGAAUGUAUAGGUAGAUGGAUCCCCAACCAGUAUGGUUCUUCCCAAGCAACCUAAAGGUAAAUACAUGCUACAAAUUUAAUUAUUUGGAUAUUUUUCUCCAUUGGCUUAAAAAUCAUAAGGACUUACUUAACCUAAAUUUGUCUAUUACAAAUAUGUCAAGAGAAUAGAUUUCAAAUUAGUUGUGUCUACUAGCCAUUUAGGAUCUCAGCUUUUCCUUUGAGUCACUGUUGGGUUGGUGAGGUUGAUGGAGUUCUGGAGCUUUAGAAUUGUUUGACCUUGGAUAAAUCACUUAACCCCUUGACUCUCUGGGUCUCAGGUUUUUCAUCUAUAAAAUGAAACAGUUGGCCCUAAAACCGUGUAGUUUUCAAGGGAAUGAUACCAUUGAAUUAAUGUCAUACCUGGUCUGUCUUUGCCAGGGCCAUCAGCAAAUAUUUAAAAAGUCAUUAUGAAAGUAAUAAAAAUAGCAGACAAACCCUUGCCUUUAUGUGGAGCUUUAAGUUUUAUUCACAGAAAUUCCUCUUUAUUCUUGCACUCACUAGAGAAAAUGGGUAGAGCCACAGGAAUUCCUUUUAUUUUCACACUUAACCUAGAAAAUGGGUAGAAUGUGCAGGAUUAGAAGUUUUUAAAAGACACAAAGAAGUAUCUUCUAAGAGCAGUUUUUGUGGGAAGCUAAUUUUAAGGCUUAAUCUAUUGAUACUUCUGCAAAGGAAUGUUUUAGUUAUUCUAACUACCCCCCAAAUUAAUCAUAAAUAUCUAUAACUAAUUAGGCUAUAACUAUAUCUAUAUCUAUAACUAAUUAUCUAUAACUAAUCUAUAACUAAUUAAUCCAUCCCCUUCCUGCUCAGAUUCUGCCAGUGAAAUUAAUUACUCCAAAUUAUAUGUACCAGUGAGAUCACUGUCCAGUUAGAGUAGGCAAUGAUUAGUAAGUGAUCUUCUCCAAUUAGUUUAUUAUUUGGAAAGAAAAUAUGUUGCAACACCUGAGAAACCCAACCUGGAAGAGACUCAUAGGUGAACUUCUUUAAUUAACUUGCCAGUUUCCUGCCCAUUCUAGUUACCUGACACCCCCUCUAUCCACUCCCCACCCCUACCCUAGCAGCUGUCCCAAAUGAUAGGCCAUUCAUUUCAUUGUUACUCUUAAUCAGACAGAUUCAUAUUUCAAAAAAAGGCAGAUACAUAAUUCACUCUUAUUCCUCAAUCCCUCCAGGUAAAGAAACUAUUGGGCAGUUUUGUUUGCAUUUCAAUUCCAUAGAAAUUUUGAUUGAUAUUCUAAUGAAAAUUGGGUGCCAAUCCACUUUCUGAAUUUUACAAUGUAGUGUUCCUACUCUUUUGAACAUAUUCAUUUUGCUUAUUCAGUUUGAAAGUGCUUGUUUCCCAACCCAUAUUGCCUAUUUUAGCUAUGAAAUUUUUGAAUGCAGUAUUUUAAAAUAGAAAUCCUGUUUGAAAAGCAGUUAGGUUAAAUGUAUGCUUUUCAAAUGUAUUUAUUUGUUCUUUAUUUUCUUAUGACUUUGUUAUAACAACUGGGGGAAAUGUUUAUUUGGUUAUCUAAUUUUUCUUUUCUUGUAUUUGAUUAUCUCACUGUAGUCCAAAUAAAAGUGUCUUGGUGAGAAAA